GCGGAAAUAGCAGCAGGUAAACAAAUGUUUCGUAUAUUUAAUCACUGGCGAGUUUGCGAAUUUUAUGAUGUUUUUACAUAGGCAAGCAGAGUAAAUCAUGUCUGGCAGUUUCUACUUUGUCAUGGUUGGUCAUCAUGACAACCCGGUGUUUGAGCUGGAGUUCUUACCAUCGGGGAAACCUGAAUCCAAAGAUGACCACCGUCACUUAAACCAGUUCAUUGCACACGCAGCUCUGGAUUUGGUGGAUGAAAACAUGUGGCUGUCAAACAACAUGUACUUAAAAACUGUGGACAAGUUCAACGAGUGGUUUGUUUCCGCCUUUGUCACGGCAGGCCAUAUCCGAUUCAUAAUGCUUCAUGAUGUGCGGCAAGAAGAUGGAAUCAAGAACUUUUUUAAUGACGUUUAUGAUCUAUACAUUAAGUUUGCAAUGAAUCCAUUCUAUGAGACCAACGCGCCAAUCCGCUCGACGGCUUUUGAGAGGAAAGUGCAGUUUCUUGGAAAGAAACAUUUGCUUAAUUAAUUGCCACAUGCACAAUGAUCUCAACGCAGCAUAUUUAUUAAUCGCUUAUCCUCACAAGUGUCGCAGGGAGUGCUGGAGCCUAUCCCAGGUGUCAACGGGCAGGAGGCGGGGUACACCCUGAACUGGUCGCCAGGAAAUCGCAGGGCACAUGGAGACAGACAACAGCCGCACUCACAAUCACACCUAGGGGCAAUUUAAAGUGUCCAAUUAAUGUUGUAUGUUUUGGGGAUGUGGGAGGAAACCCAUGCAGGCACGGGGGGAACAUGCAAACUCCACCCAGGCGGGGCCGGCCGGGAUUGAACCCGGGUCCUCAGAACUGUUAGGCCAACGCUUUAGCAGCUGAGUCACCUUGCCGCCUAAUAACAAUAUAAUUAAAAUAACUUGUAUUAUUGGGUGGUACUUUGAUUCAUGCUAUGGAUAAUUGUCAUAUAAAGCAAUACGCUUCCGUAAGUACCACAGUUUGUAGAAAGUUUAAUAAAUUCUUUAA